GACGCUUUUGGCAGUCGGGGUAGUUGAGGUUAGCUCAUAUUUCAACAUCACGUCGUCUCACCGAGAAUUGUUAUCUACAUCAUCAGCAUUGAUUCCUAGAUCACACCAGAAACUCAGCAUUCAUCACACAUUCACAUCUCAUCAUCAUGGGCUCAUUACAGAACGAAGACGGCCAGUACCGGGGCCUCGGCCAGGACUUCACCAAGCAGGUCAUCGCGUCCAUGGGAUCGGAGACGAACCCUAGACUUCGCAAGAUUCUGUCCUCAUUCAUCCAGCACAUCCACGACUUUGCCCGCGAGGUCGAUCUCACCACAGAUGAGUGGAUGAUGGGUGUAAACAUGAUUAACUGGGCGGGCCAAAUGUCAAAUGACCGACGUAACGAAGGCCAGCUGCUUUGCGAUGUUAUCGGAUUGGAGUCGCUCGUCGACGAUAUCACCAACAGAGUGGCCACAAAGAACGGCGGCGAACCAGGUACAGCAACAGCCAUCCUCGGCCCCUUCUGGCGGGCUGACACCCCCAUCCGCCCCAACGGGAGCACAAUCGCUGUCAAGUGCCCCGAGGACGGCGAGCUCGCUUUCAUGUACGGUCAAGUGACGUGCUCCAACACUGGAAAGCCGUUGGCAAACGCUUCAGUCGACGUCUGGCAAGCAUCCACAAACGGUCUGUACGAGCAGCAAGAUGCCGAUCAGCCGGAACACAACCUCCGCGGAGUCUUCAAGACGGAUGCGGAGGGACGUUAUGGAUUUUACUGCCUGCGACCAACACCUUACCCCGUACCGGGUGACGGCCCAGCUGGAAAGCUUCUAGAUUUGCUUCACCGCCACCACUUCCGACCUGCUCACAUACAUCUCAUUGUCAAGUCAGAAGGCUUCAAGUCGGUAACAACACAGAUUUUUGACGAAGACUCAAAGUACUUGGAUGACGACUCCGUGUUUGCGGUCAAGGAUGGUCUUACUGUGAAGUUCAUCGAGAGGAAAGGAGACCCCAAGGCUGCCAAGGAGCUCGAGUACAACAUCAAGUUGGCUGCUGAGUGAGAUGGGAAGAAGGCGAAAUCUUGUUGAUUAAUUGCUAUGGAAGCAUAAUACCAGGAGAAAUGAAUUUUCUGGCGUAUACUUUACACUUGUGAAGAUUUGAUGAUGCAAAGUUCGUGUGUUCAAUUCGACAUUCCUGAUAGUUAGAAACUUAGACAUCUGUCGCUGAAUACGGUAUUCGGACACCCACAGUCAGCCUUACGCAGUUUCUGAUGGUCUCCUGGCCCAAAUUGCCGCGUCGUCGGUGGCCGAUCUCAGUCUUAUCAUCAUGUAGAGGGCUAUUUAGGGCUUGUCGACUAUUACUACGAGUGGUGUAUCCGUCUCUAGAUUCGCGUAGUGCGAGCGUCGAGUCAAAGAUGAUGCAGUACGGGCACAGCGGUGGC